AUGCCAAUGUACGAGUUCUUGCUCUCGACUACCUACGGAUUUCUAAAGUUGGUGCUGAUUCUGUUCGCAACACCCAGGUUAACUCGGGCAUCCGACAAGUACUCGGCGUUCAAAGGCCCCUCGCUGCCCGACAGAACCUGGCCGUCCAACAAGAUCACCAAGCCUCCGAGGUGGUUGUCGACAGACCUCCGCGAUGGCAACCAGGCUCUAGCGAGUCCGAUGAUGCUAGUAGACAUCGGCUUCAAAGAGAUCGAGGUGGGUUUCCCGGCAUCGUCGGAGAUGGAUUUCCAGUUCGCGCAGAGAUGUGUACUCGACGGGCCCCCUGAUGUGUGGCUUGAAGUCAUGACGCCUUGUCGCAAGGACUUCAUCCGCCGGACCGUCGAUGCCGUCAAGGGAGCAAAGAAGAUCAUCGUCAGCCUCUACAUCGCAACCAGCGAUAAUUUUAUCGACACCAUAUUUAGCACGACCCGCGAAGCCCAACUCCGCACCGCUGUUGAACAUGCGAGGUACCUCAAGACCGUCACCAAAGACGACCCGGCGCACAAAGACACGACAUGGGCACUGAUGUGGAGUCCCGAGGCCUUCUCCGAUACAGACCCGGAUUUCGCUAUCGAGAUUUGCCGCGCGGUGAAAGAGGCGUGGGAACCGUCCGCCGAGGUUCCCAUAAUCCUGAAUCUGCCGGCGACGGUUGAGAUGUCAAGUCCGAACAUAUUCGCCGACCAAGUCGAGAUCUUCUCUCGCGGUUUCUCCGGUGACCCCACGGUCUGUGUUUCGCUGCACAACCAUAAUGAUCGAGGCUGCGCUGUUGCUGCUGCCGAGUUAGGUCAGCUCGCGGGGGCGACCCGAGUCGAGGGCUGCCUCUUUGGAAAUGGCGAGCGCACGGGCAACGUCGAUCUGGUGACGCUAGCGUUGAAUCUAUACACCCAGGGGAUUGACCCAGGCCUGGACUUCUCCGAUCUGCCGCGGAUCCGCCGGAUUGUUGAGCAACUAACACAAAUCCCCGUCCACACGCGAGCCCCGUAUGCGGGAGACUCAGUUUUUGUUGCAUACAGCGGCGGGCACCAAGACGCCAUCAACAAGGGCUUCAAGAGGUGGAAUGCAACCGCUAAUGAUGACAAACAUGGUCGGCCCCGCCCUUGGAAGGUCCCGUAUCUUGCUAUGGACCCCCACGACAUCGGGGCGUCGUACGAGGCUGUCAUCAGGGUUAAUUCGCAGAGCGGCAAAGGUGGCAUCGCUUGGGUCCUCUCGCAAGCUCUGCAGCUCGAAGCGCCCAAGGCCAUCCUGGGCGCAUUCUCACUGGCUGUCAAAUCCGAGUCCGAGCUCAAGGGGCGCACAUUACUACCUAACGAGGUUACCAACCUCUUCCUUCGCCAGUAUAACGUCCAGAGCCAGGACCAGCGAGUACUUUCCCUGGUCAAAACAGCCUUGAACUCCUCGGAUUCUGGAUCCUUGGUUAGAGUGGAGACGGUGAUUCUCGUCAAUGGCCUGGCCCGCCAGCUAGUCGGGCACGGCGCUUCAACGCUCGAUGCCGUCCGAUUCGGCCUGUCAGCCUUUGCCGACUGCCGUCUGGAGUUUACAUGCGCGUUCGGGACGCCGAGCGCUGGCAUUGUGAACAGUAAUCUUCCCGAAUCAAGCGUCAUCGCAAUUGUCAUGUGCUCAGGCGGCGGCCGGACCACCUGGGGAGUCAAAGCAGCGGGGACGGAAGAGCAGGCGACACUGCUUGCAUCGCUCUCAGCAGCCUUGGCUGAGAGUGAAUGCAUCCGUGGGAGCCGCGGAAUAUGUUCGCCGUGCGUCGGAUGCCGUCAUCCGGCUCCGGGUUGUGCCACGCCACCGCAUUGGCGCAGUACCACCUCGAGAAGCAUAUGGGAAUGGCAGGUCGUGGUAUCGUACUGCGCCUUCGGCAUGGAGGAUGCCAACCCUAGUCUUCCGGCACCGGAAGGAUCCAUAGCUUUUGGCAAAACCCGAUGCGGUGCAUUUGUGGCGAUUUACUUAGAAAACACCAAACACGGUGCCUGCGCAGCCUCCCAGCUCCAACCCCAGCGGCGGCCCUCUGGCCAACAAAACCGAGACACCGAAACCGACUUUGCGUGGAUCCGCCUGCAAAUCAUCUUCGCGGACGUAGGGUUCCUGAACAAGCUAUUCGGUUUCAUCCAACUCGGGCUCGAUUUGACAGAAGAUGCUGCACCCACGCUCUACCGAGUACCUGUCGCUUUGGUGUACUGGAGUCCACCGCUCAUCUCCAAGGAUGGACAGAUCUAUGAGAGUCCAUGGUUCAGUCAGCGCCGAGGCGGUAAGGGUGUGAUCCAAGGGGGUCGGAGCACUUCGCCCAUGCAGUCAAUGCACCACCCCCCUUUUCUCGGCGCACCUCGAACGUUGUCCCAACAGCCGAAACAAGGGAAGGACAACGGGGAGGCCCGGGGGACCGGGGUUUAUGAUGACCGCAGGAUGUACCCGCCUCGGGACAGCGCGCACUAUGGAGAUCCUUAA